GGGCAGCGAGCGGGUGGGGCAGGGCGAGGCGGCCCGGGGCGCGCCCACGUGGCCGGCGCCGGGCUAAUUGCGACGGGUAAUUGCCGGGGGCCUGGAGCCGCGCAGGCAGCGCCCCCCUCCCCCCCGUCCGCGGGCGAAUUAGCCGUCGGGGAGCCCGGCCUGCGCCCCCCAGCCCCGCUGCCCGGGCGCGGGUCGGGGGGCUCGUUCCUCCGCAGACCCCCCCGGAGCUGCUCCCUGCUCCCCCGAGGCCGGAGCUCGAGGCCUCGGUGCCCGCUGGCGGCUCCCGGGCGGCCCCGGCCCCGCUGCAGCCCCCUCUGCAAUCACACCUCGCGGGCCGGCAGCACCCCCGUGUCACGGGAAGGGGGGGGGGCGUUUAAACGCGCUAGCCGGGACCCGCUGCCAGCCCGGGGCCUGGGGCUGCGCCAGGCGCAGGGAGCCCGGCCCUUCGGGGCGGGACUUGGCUGGGUUUGCCCAGGAUGCCGGAGAUCCUGGAGCGCUGCGCCCGGCGCCGGAUCUGACGGGAGCAGCGCCAGGGGCAGGUUCGCUGCGCAGCGCCAGCCCGGGGGGAGCUCGGGGGCUCGGAGGCAGGGAAUCACCCGCGGCGGCACCGGGGCUGCAGCCCCCGCCUGCCCUCAGGCCAGGCGAUGGAGCCGGGCGCCGCCGAGCUGCUGGAAGCUCUCCUGGCACAGCAGGACGAGCUGCUCCUCGGCACCGCGUUUGGCAGCCCUGAGCCCUCCCUCCCCGGCUCGGCCCACUCGCCCGGUGGCUCAGAGCCGCCCUCCGAGUGCUGGCCCCUCGCCGAAGACAGCGGGCAGGACGAGAGCCAGGCUGAGGAACUGCUGCGGCUGGCGGUGAACCCCGACGACGUGUGCAGCCUAGGCAGCUGCCACGGCACGGGGGACAUCUGCCCCGGACCCUCCCAGACCCAAGCCGCCAGCCACCAGGUCCCCUGUGACCCACUGCCCACCCUGUGCAGCACCAGCGUCGCCAUCCAGCUCGGCACCUGGCUGUGCCCCACGUUGCUCCCCGACACCUGCAUCAUGAGCGAGCUGCCUGCUGCGCCGCUGUCCUUGCCCAGCUCGGGGCCUUCCGCUGCGAGCGACCUGCCAGCACCCAGCGCCCUGCUGCAGCUCCCAGGCCUGCUCCUGACGGAGGAGGAAAAGCGGCUGCUGUCGCAGGAGGGGGUGACGCUGCCCAGCUGCCUGCCCCUCACCAAGGCUGAGGAGCGGAUCCUGAAGAAGGUGAGGAGGAAGAUCCGGAACAAGCAGUCGGCCCAGGACAGCCGGCGGAGGAAGAAGGAGUACCUGGACAGGCUGGAGAGCAGGGCAGCCACGUGCUCAGCUCAGAACCAGGAGCUGCAGGAAAAGGUGCUGGAGCUUGAGAAAUGCAACGGGUCGCUGCUGAGCCAGCUGCAGGCGCUGCAAGCGCUCAUCAAACCAACGUCCACCAAGGCUGCCCAGACCAGCACCUGCAUCCUGAUCCUGAUCUUCUCCCUGGGACUCAUCAUCUUCCCCAGCUACAGCCCCUUCCGCCGCAGCCCCGGAGGCAGCCAGGACAGCCACGAGCCCAUGGGAGUGAUUUCCAGGAACAUCCUGACCUGGGAGGAGCUGCUGGAGCCGGCUGAGGGCCCCGCCACCGGAGCGGCCCCGCUCCCGGAGCGGGGGCAGCCACGGAGGGAAGAGCCGGGACCCACAGCUGCAGCGGAGAACGGUGCCGAAGGGAGACCCAGGGACCGGAGAUCCGCCCCUCGUGGGGAGCUGAGCACCAACUCCUCUGGCCAGGCGGGCCCAGACGCAGGGACUCAGCCUUGGCUGCAGCCAGCAGCUCCAGUCGGACCAGCCGCAGGGAGGGCGGCUGGCACGGACAGGGAGGUGGCAAAACGGGUGCACGGGGAGGAGAUGUGAGAGAGUAGUGAGCAGCCCACAGCCCCGGGUGCCACCCUCCUGGGGAUGCAGCACCUGCUCCAGGCACAUCCCCACGCCACAGCACAGAGCCCAGCUGUGCAUGGGGACGGCUCUGCACUGUGUAAGAAAGCUCUGAGCUUGCCGGGCAUUUUCCAGCUAAUAAACAGCUCAUUUCUACCUGAA